AUGGCAAACCUCACCUCUUCACAAUUAUACAGCCACUCAUCAGAACAGCACCACCAACCACAAGAAAAUGAUCCGAAUGCACCUCUACAUUGUCUUUCUUGUAAUUUACUAAUUUUUCCUCUUCCCAGCAAAGAAAAUGAAGAAAAUGAUGAAGAAUUUGAAUCUAAAAUUAAUUGGAAAUUAAUUUUAAUGGAUCAAAUUGAUAAUGAUGAUGAUGAAUUGAUUGUGCAAUAUUUUGAGAAAAUGAUUGGUGAAGGGAGAAUUUGUAAAGAUUUUAAAGUGACGUGUUGGAAAUGUUUGGAAGAAGUGUUUAACGUUUUUGGGAAUGAAAUUAAAUUUUUGGAGAAAUCAAUUCAGAUAUAUGAGAAGAAAGUGGAAGAAGGUAAGGAUGGGGAUGAGAGAAAUCUUAUUGAAAAAUUGGAAUUGGAAUAUAUGGAAUUAUUGGAAGAGGAAAAGACUCUUCAAUUAUCUAUAGAAAAACUACAGAAAAAUCAGCAGCCAAAUCUUGAUGCAGAAUUUGUAAAAAUCUGUCAAUUAGAGGAGGAAUUUUAUUGGAAGGAGAAUAAUGAGCUUUUAAUGGAUAUAGAAAUUGACAAAGUAUUGAAAGAAGAGAGAUUGCUAUUAAUGAAUAGGGGUUCAAUAAGUCCAAGUUUCUGUCUCAUUGAUUACUCGAAAAGUACAAUUGAUGGCUAUAUUUUGAGUAUUGACAGAAAUCGUUCUGAUUCACAAAUAAUACAUGACAGCAAUCAUGGUUGGACUAGAUGCUGUCAAAUGCUCUUUUCUCUCAUUAAGGAUAUCCAAAAUCUUCCACCUCCAUUGAAUCAUUACAAUUCAGAUAGCAAAGCAAACUUAAUAUUCUUAGGAGAAUUCACUCAAAUUUACUAUGAAGGAAAAACCUUUGAUUUAUUCCUGAAUGGAAACAAUACAUCCAAUUUCAAUGAGGGAGUCAAAUAUUUCACUAGAAUUCUCUACGAUUUGUGUAAUCACUUGGAAACACAUGCACCAGAAAAGUUAUUUAUUUCAGAACAUUCGACAUUCUUCCUGGAGGACAAGACUUUGAAAGUCAUUCUCAAAUGUCUCAAUUUUCCAAUGAUGAACAAAUCGACAGAGAAUUGGAAUUAUGCAAUUAGUAGAAUAUUGACAAAGCUCAAAUUACUACAUUGGUAUCUACUUCAAAUACGAAACCAUUCCUUAAUAACACAUUCUCAUCAAAACGAAUAA